AUGAGGCUGCGACUCCUGGUGGCUGCCUUCUGGGCCGGGAUCCUGGCAGGGGCGCCCCCAGCGCGGGCCCAGCACAGGGAGAGAGUGUCCUGCACGCGCCUUUAUGCCGCUGACAUCGUGUUCCUGCUCGAUGGCUCCUCUUCCAUCGGCCGCAGCAACUUCCGAGAAGUGCGGGGUUUCCUUGAGGGGCUGGUGCUGCCCUUCUCGGGAGCAGUCAGUGCGCAGGGGGUGCGCUUUGCUGCGGUGCAGUACAGUGACGACCCCCGGACAGAGUUUGGCCUGGAUGCACUCGGCUCUGGGGAAGAAGUGGUCCGUGCCAUCCGUGAUCUCAGCUACAAGGGGGGCAACACGCGCACAGGGGCCGCGAUUCUCCAUGUGGCAGACCGUGUCUUCCUGCCCCAGCUGGCCCGAUCUGGUGUCCCCAAGGUCUGCAUCCUCAUCACAGAUGGGAAGUCCCAGGACCUGGUGGACCCAGCUGCCCAGAAGCUGAAGGGGCAAGGGGUCAAGCUCUUUGCUGUGGGGAUCAAGAAUGCGGACCCCGAGGAGCUGAAGCGAGUUGCCUCACAGCCGACCAGCGAUUUCUUCUUCUUCGUCAACGACUUCAGCAUCCUGAGGACACUGCUGCCCCUCGUUUCCCGGAGAGUGUGCACGACAGCUGGAGGCGUGCCUGUGGCCCUGCCCCCUGAUGACUCCAUCUCUGGCCCGAGAGACCUGGUGCUGUCUGAGCCGGGCAGUGAGUCCUUGAGAGUCCAGUGGACGGCGGCCAGCGGCCCUGUGACCGGCUACAAGGUCCAGUAUACCCCCCUGACGGGGCUGGGACAGCCACUGCCGAGCCAGCGGCGGGAGGUGAGCGUCCCCGCUGGUGAAACCAGCAUUCGGCUGCAAGACCUCCAGCCAAUGACCGAGUACCAAGUAACUGUGGUUGCCCUGUAUGCCAACAGCAUCGGGGAGGCCGUGAGCGGGACAGCUCGGACCACUGCCCUGGAGGGGCCGGAGCUGACCGUCCAGAACACCACAGCGCACAGCCUCCUGGUAGCCUGGCGGAGUGUGCCAGGGGCCGCUGGCUAUCGUGUGACAUGGCGGGUCCUCCGUGGCGGGGCCGCGCAGCAGCAGGAGCUGGGCCCUGGGCAGGGGUCAGUGUUGCUUCAUGGCCUGGAGCCGGACACAGACUACGAGGUGACUGUGAGCGCCCUGCUUGGCCAUGGCAUGGGGUCCGCCACCUCCCUGACUGCCCGCACUGACCCCUCUGUGGAGCAGACGCUGCGCCCGGUCAUCCUGGGCCCCACUUCCAUCCUUCUCUCCUGGAACUCGGUGCCCGAGGCCCGUGGCUACCGGCUGGAGUGGCGGCGUGAGAGUGGCCUGGAGGCGCCUCAGAAGGUGGUGCUGCCUUCUCAUGUGACCCGCCACCAGCUGGAUGGGCUGCAGCCAGCCACGGAGUACCGCUUCACACUCUACACCCUGCUGGAGGGCCGGGAGGUGGCCACACCUGCGGCUGUGGUCCCCACAGGGCCAGAGCAGCCCGUGGGCCCAGUGACAGAGCUACAGGCCACUGAGCUGCCAGGGCAGCGGGUGCAAGUGUCCUGGAGAGCGGUUCCCGGUGCCACCGAGUACCGCAUCACUGUACGAGGCACCCAGGGGGUUGAGCGGACCCUGGUGCUUCCUGGGAGUCAGACGGCCUUCGACUUGGGGGACAUCCAGGCUGGGCUGAGCUACACCGUGCGAGUGUCUGCUCGAGUGGGCGCCCGAGAGGGCAGCGCCGCCACCCUCACUGUCCGCAGGGAGCCGGAAACCUCCCUUGCAGUCCCAGGGCUGCGGGUGGUGGCAUCAGAUGCCACUCGAGUGCGAGUGGCCUGGGGACCUGUUCCUGGAGCCAGCGGAUUUCGGGUCACCUGGAGGACGGACAGUGGUCCAGAGUCCAGCCAGACGCUGUCCCCAGAAUCUACCGUCACAGAUAUCACGGGGUUGCGGCCUGGAACCUCCUACCAGGUGGCUGUGUCGGCGCUGCGGGGGAGAAAGGAGGGCCCCCCUGUGGUCAUCGUGGCUCGCACCGACCCGCUGAGCCCAGUGAGGACAGUCCACGUGACCCAGAGCAGCAGCUCGUCUGUCACCAUCGCCUGGAACAAGGUUCCUGGUGCCACCAGAUACAGGAUUUCCUGGCACUCAGGCCACGACCCAGAGAAGUCCCGGGUGGUUCCUGGGGAAGCCGCGGUGGCUGAGCUGGACGGGCUGGAGCCAGACACUGAGUACACAGUGCGCGUGUGGGCCAGUGUGGACGGUGUCGAAGGGCCCCCCACCUCUGUGGUUGUGAGGACCGGCCCUGAGACGGUGGGCAGUGUAUCCAAGCUGCAGAUCCUCAAUGCUACCAGCGACGUUCUGCGGAUCACCUGGGUGGGGGUCCCUGGAGCCACAGCCUACCGACUGGUCUGGGGCCGGAGAGAAGGUGGCCCCACAAAACAACAGAUACUACCAGGAAACAGAGACUCAGCAGAAAUACGGGGCCUCGAAGGUGGAGUCAGCUACUCAGUGCGAGUGACAGCACUGGUCGGGGACCUUGAAGGCGCACCUGUCUCCAUUGUCGUCACCACGCCGCCAGAGGAGCCAACCACCCUGGAGACCCUCCGAGUAGUGCAGCGAGGGGAGCACUCUCUGAGGCUGCAGUGGCAGCUGGUGCCCGGAGCACGCGGCUUCUUUCUUCGUUGGCGAUCCCAGGAUGGCCAGGAGCAAUCUCGAUUCCUGGGGCCUGAGGUCAGCAGCUAUGAACUGGACGGGCUGGAGCCUGCGACCCUGUACCACGUGUGGUUGAGUGUUUCGUGGCCUUCUGGAGAAGGGCCCCCCACAGAAGUGACUGCGUACACUGAGUCACCUCGUGCCCCAAGCACCACACUGCGCGUGGUAGACACUUCAGUUGACUCAGUGACUCUGGCCUGGAACCCAGUGCCCGGGGCGUCCAGCUACAUCCUCUCCUGGAGGCCACUCGGAGUCCCCGGCGAAGAAACCGCGGGGGCCUCCCAGACCCUUCCUGGGAUCUCGAGCUCCCAGCAGGUGACAGGGCUGCAGCCCGGCAUCUCCUACCUCUUCUCCCUGACACCUGUCCGGGACGGUGUGCGAGGUCCUGAGGCCUCUGUCACACACAGCCCAGUGUGUCCCCGCGGUCUGAUGGACGUGGUGUUCCUGCUGCACACCACAAGGGACAACGCGCACCGGUCAGGGGCUGUGAAGGCAGCCCUGGGGAGGCUGGUGUCUGCCCUUGGGCCUCUUGGGCCACAGGCAGUCCAGGUUGGCCUCCUCUCCUACAGUUACCGGCCCUCCCCACUGUUCCCGCUAAAUGGCUCCCAUGACCUUGGCGUCAUCCUGCAGAAGAUCCAUAACAUCCCCUAUGUGGACCCAAGCGGGAACAACCUGGGCACAGCCAUGGUCACAGCUCACAGAUACCUGUUGGCACCAAAUGCUCCUGGACGCCGCCAGCAGGUGCCAGGGGUGAUGGUUCUGCUAGUGGAUGAGCCCUUGAGGGAUGACAUUUCCAACCCUGUCCGAGAGGCCCAGGCUGCUGGGCUCAAAGUGAUGAUCCUGGGCCUGAAGGGAGCUGACCCAGAGCAGCUCCGUCGCCUGGUGCCUGGCACGGACCACGUUCAGACCUUCUUCGCUGUGAAUGAUGGCCCAAGCUUGGACCAGGCCGUCGGUAGUCUGGCAACAGCCCUGUGUCAGGCCGCUUUGCCCACCCAGCCACAGCCACAGCCACAGCCCUGCUCGGUGCACUGUCCAGAGGGCCAGAAGGGUGAACCCGGAGAGAGGGGCCCGAGAGGACAAGAUGGGCCUCCUGGCCCCCCCGGCCUCCCGGGCAGGACCGGUGCUCCUGGCCCCCAGGGUCCCCCUGGGAGUUACGCUGCAAAGGGCGACAGGGGCCGCCCUGGGACGGAUGGGGAUCCAGGCAGCCCUGGCCUCCCUGGGAUUCCUGGGCCACCUGGCCCAAAGGGCUCCCCCGGGGGGCCUGGCCUUCGUGGAGAACAGGGAGAGCGAGGACCUCAAGGCCCAAAGGGGGAGCCGGGAGAGCCUGGGACAGUCACUGAUGGGGAGGGCCCAGGCCUUCCGGGCAAGAAAGGGGACCCUGGACCUCCGGGCCCUCCUGGACCUCGUGGCCCAUUGGGGGACCCAGGACCCCGUGGUUCCCCAGGACCUCCUGGAAUAGCUCUGAAGGGGGACAAAGGCGAUCGUGGGGAACGGGGCCCCCCGGGGCCAGGUGCUGGUGGCACAGCUGCAGGGGAACCCGGGCUGCCGGGUCUUCCUGGAAGCCCCGGCCCCCAAGGCCCAGUUGGCCCCUCUGGGGAAAAAGGAGAAAAGGGUGACUGUGAGGAUGGAGCACCAGGCCUCCCAGGACAGCCUGGGACCCCGGGCGAGCGGGGUCUGCGGGGGCCUCCUGGAGACGUUGGCCCCAAAGGUGACCGAGGACUGCCAGGGGCUGUGGGUGAGACUGGAGAGAAGGGCCAACGCGGAUCCCCCGGCCUAGCCGGACCCCAGGGGCCACCGGGAGUCGCUGGGCACCCUGGAGCAGAGGGCCCUGAAGGGCCACCAGGACCCACUGGCCGCCGAGGAGAGAAGGGGGAGCCUGGCCGCCCCGGGGACCCUGGCACAGGGCCUGCUGGUGCAGGGGUCAAAGGAGAGAAGGGAGACGCAGGGCCCACUGGGCCCAGAGGAGCUGCGGGAGCCAAAGGGGAGCCGGGCACGCCUGGCUUGGCUCUUCCUGGAGACCCCGGCCCCAAGGGAGACCCUGGAAAUCGGGGUCCCAUUGGCCUCACUGGAAGAGUCGGACCCCCUGGUGACUCAGGGCCUCCUGGAGAGAAGGGAGACCCUGGGCGGCCCGGCCCCCCAGGACCUGUCGGCCCCCGAGGACGAGACGGUGAAGUUGGAGAGAAAGGUGCCGAUGGCCUCCCGGGUGACCCAGGUUUGCCUGGAAAAGCUGGCGAGCGUGGCCUUCGGGGGUUACCUGGAGCUCGGGGACCUGUGGGUGAGAAGGGAGACCAGGGAGAUCCUGGAGAAGAUGGGCGAAAUGGCAGCCCUGGAACACCUGGACCCAAGGGUGACCGUGGGGAGCCGGGUCUCCCUGGACGGCUGGUGGACUCGGGACUUGGAGCCAGAGAGAAGGGAGAGCCUGGGGACCGUGGACAGGAGGGUCCUCAGGGACCCAAGGGUGACCCCGGCCCUCCUGGAGCCCCUGGAGAGAGGGGCAUCAAUGGACUUCGGGGGCCCCCAGGCCCACAGGGGGACCCAGGUGUCCGAGGCCCAGCAGGAGAAAAGGGUGACCGGGGCCCCCCUGGCCUGGAUGGCCGCAGCGGGCUGGACGGGAAACCAGGAGCCCCUGGCCCCCCUGGGCAGCACGGUACUGCAGGCAAAGCCGGGGACCCAGGGAGAGAUGGGCUUCCGGGCCUCCGAGGAGAACAGGGACCUCCUGGCCCCCCUGGCCCCCCUGGAGGACCGGGAAAGGCAGGCGAGGAUGGCAAGCCAGGCCUGAGUGGGAAAAACGGAGAACCCGGGGACCCCGGAGAAGACGGGAGAAAGGGAGAGAAGGGAGAUUCGGGCGCCCCAGGGAGAGAGGGUCAUGAUGGCCCCAAGGGCGAUCGUGGAGCACCUGGCAGCCCCGGACUCCCAGGCCCCCCGGGCCUCCCCGGGCAGGUGGGCCCUCCUGGCCAGGGUUUUCCUGGUGUUCCAGGAAGUCCGGGCCCCAAGGGUGACCGUGGGGACAGUGGAUCCAAAGGCGAACAGGGCCUCCCCGGGGAGCGCGGCCUGAGAGGAGACCCGGGGAGCAUGCCGAAUGUGGAGCGGUUGUUGGAGAAUAUGGGGAUCAAGACGUCUGCCUUGCGGAAGAUCGCGGAGAUGUGGGAUGAGAGCUCUGGCAGCUUCCGCCUCGUGCCUGAACACUGGCGUGGCUCCAAGGGGGACCCUGGCGAGCCAGGCCCCCCAGGCAAGGAGGGGCCUGUCGGCUUUUCCGGAGACCGAGGGCCAAAGGGAGAACGUGGAGACCCUGGUCCUCAGGGGCCACCUGGUCUGGCCCUUGGGGAGAGGGGUCCCCCUGGACUUCCUGGUCUCGCUGGGGAGCCUGGAAAGCCUGGUAUUCCUGGGCUCCCUGGCUCAGCUGGGGGUGUGGGAGAGUCAGGAAGGCCAGGAGAAAGGGGAGAACGGGGAGAGAAGGGAGAACGCGGAGAACAGGGCAGAGAUGGCGCCCCUGGACCCCCCGGCCCCCCCGGCAUCCCCAGCACCACGGUGACCAUCGACAAGCCAGGACCUGGAUUACCCGAGAAACAAGGACCCCCAGGGCCCAAGGGCGCUAAGGGGGAGCCGGGCAGUGACGGUGAACGAGGUCCCAAAGGAGACAGGGGCGGGCCAGGCAUCAAGGGAGACCAGGGAGAGCCUGGAAAGAGGGGUCAUGACGGCGGCCCGGGUCUACCAGGAGAGCGAGGUGUGGCUGGGCCUGAAGGGAAGCCGGGUCUGCAAGGUCCAAGGGGGAGCCCUGGCCCUGUGGGUAGCCAUGGAGACCCUGGACCACCGGGUGCCCCGGGUCUUGCUGGCCCUGCGGGACCCCAGGGACCAUCUGGCCUGAAGGGCGAGCCUGGAGAGACAGGACCACCAGGACGGGGCCUGCCUGGACCAACUGGACCUGUGGGACUUCCUGGGCCUCCUGGUUCUUCAGGCCUUGUGGGUCCUCAGGGGGCACCAGGUUUGCCCGGACAAGUGGGGGAGACGGGAAAGCCAGGAGCCCCAGGUCGUGAUGGUACCAAUGGCAAAGACGGAGAGCGAGGAGCCCCUGGCGUGCCGGGGUCGCCAGGUCUUCCCGGCCCUGUCGGACCUAAAGGAGAGUCUGGACCCAUGGGGGCCCCUGGACAGGCUGUGGUCGGGCCCCCUGGAGCGAAGGGAGAGAAGGGAGCCCCUGGAGCCCUUGCUGGAGACCUGGUGGGAGAGCCGGGAGCCAAAGGCGACCGAGGACUGCCAGGGCCUCGGGGUGAGAAGGGUGAAGCCGGCCGUCCAGGGGAGCCUGGAGACCCUGGGGAAGAUGGUCAUAAAGGGGCUCCAGGACUCAGGGGUCAGAAGGGUGACCCAGGAGUUGGGGUCCAGGGCCCCCCCGGGCCAAUUGGUCCUCCAGGUCCAAAGGGAGACUUGGGCCCCUCUGGCCCUUCCGGCGCUCCUGGUAUCAUCGGCUUCCCUGGUCAGCCAGGCCCUCGAGGAGAGACGGGUCAGCCAGGCCCCAGCGGAGAACGGGGUCUGGCAGGCCCCCCAGGGCGAGAGGGACCCCCAGGUCCCUUGGGGCCACCUGGACCACCAGGGUCAGCGGGAGCACCCGGGGCCGCUGGACUCAAAGGAGACAGGGGAGACCCUGGAGUAGGGCUGCCCGGGGCCCGUGGAGAGCGUGGGGAGCCAGGUGUCCGGGGUGAAGAUGGCCACCCUGGCCAGGAGGGACCCCGAGGACUUGUGGGCCCCCCGGGCAGCCGGGGGGAGCGUGGGGAGAAGGGUGACCCUGGAAUGGCAGGGCUGAAGGGUGACAAGGGUGACUCGGCCGUAGUUAUGGGGCCUCCGGGGCCACGGGGUGCCAAGGGGGACACGGGUGAACGAGGGCUGCGAGGUGCAGAUGGCGAGAAAGGACCUCGGGGAGACUUUGGGAGCCCUGGAGAAAAGGGCAGCAAGGGAGAGCCUGGUGACAAGGGUGCGGCUGGAUCGCUGGGCACCCGUGGACUCACCGGACCUAAGGGGCAGCCUGGUGAUGCAGGGAUUCCUGGUGACCCGGGACCCCCGGGAAAGGACGGAGCCCCUGGCAUCCGAGGAGACAAAGGAGAGAUGGGCUUUAUGGGCCCUCGGGGCCUCAAGGGCGAACGGGGGGUCAAGGGAGCCUGUGGCAUGGACGGAGAGAAGGGAGAUAAGGGAGAAGCUGGCUCCCCAGGCCGCCCUGGGCUGGCAGGACGCAAGGGAGAUACGGGGGAGCCCGGCACGCCAGGCCAGGCAGGGGCCCCGGGCAAGGAGGGCCUCAUCGGUCCCAAGGGCGACCGAGGCUUUGAUGGACAGUCAGGACACAAGGGUGACCAGGGCGAGAAAGGAGAGCGGGGGCCCCCAGGGAUCGGGGGCCUCCCAGGUCCCAGGGGCAAUGAUGGUGCUAGUGGUCCCCCUGGGCCACCUGGCAGUGUUGGUCCCAAAGGAUCUGAAGGACUUCAGGGCCAGAAGGGUGAGCGAGGUCCCCCUGGAGAGAGUGUGGUGGGAGCCCCUGGUGCCCCCGGGACCCCUGGAGAGAGAGGGGAACAGGGGCGGCCAGGGCCUGCUGGCCCCCGGGGUGAGAAGGGAGAAGCCGCGCUGACGGAGGAUGACAUUCGGGGCUUCGUGCGUCAGGAGAUGAGUCAGCACUGCGCCUGCCAGGGACAGUUUAUCGCAUCUGGAUCACACCCCCUCCCCAGCUAUGCUGCAGACACUGCCCAGCACCAGCGCCGCCCUGUGCCCGUGCUCCGGGUCUCUCAUGCCGAGGAGGAAGACCAAGUGCCCCCUGAGGACGACGAGUAUGAAUACUCUGAGUACUCGGUGGAGGACUCCCAGGACCCUGAGGCCCCUUGGGACAGCGAUGACCCCUGCUUGCUUCCACUGGACGAGGGCUCCUGUACUGCCUACACCCUGCGCUGGUACCAUCGUGCUGUGGCUGGAGGUACAGAGGGCUGUCACCCCUUCGUCUACGGUGGCUGCGGAGGGAAUGCCAACCGUUUCGGGACCCGCGAGGCCUGCGAGCGCCGCUGCCCGCCGCACGGUGCCCAGAGCCAGGGCGGAGGUGCUCUUCAGAGCUGAGGCCCAGGGGAUGAGCUGAAGUUCAAUGAUCUCUGGAGGAGAUGGCAUCUCAGCAGGACAUUCCGUUCCUUUCCUUGGUGCUAGAGGCUCCUGUGCCCAUGAGUGUGCAUGAGUCUGUCCGUCAUUUCAGUGACUUGUUCCUGUGGGUCUCGCCUUCCCCCCUGUGGACAAACCCCCAUUGUGGCUCCUGCCUCCCUUGGCAGAUGACUCAGCAUGGGGGUGGGUGUGGGCAGGGAACGGAUGUGACUACAUCUGACCCGCCCCUUGACCCAAGCCUGUGAUGACAACAUGGUGCUGAUUCUGGGGGGCAUUAAAGCUGCUGUUUCGAAA